GCGUGUCCGUGGGGGGAGUCGUCUUCUCCCUCCCAGGCUCCCACCAACUUCUUGCCGCAGAAACCGACUACCGUCCCGUCCCCUCUUACCUCUCCUACCUCCCCACGAAACGGAAUUUCUCCUCUCCCGCCGCCACACCCCCACCUCACCCCCGCUGGAGAAGACAGCCGAGCCGCCGCCUCCUGGAUCCACCGCGCGUUAGGACUAAUAACUGGGACUAGCGGAUCCAUCGGUCCAGCAUGGAGCCCUCAGCACAGGGAGGGCCUUCUACUUCCGCGUCGGUUGACGAUAGCCAAUCAGUCGAUAGGGCUGAAGAUUCAGAACUCUUCCCCUCUGUCCCAGCAUUAAACCAAGCUGCGUCUAAUCUUGCCCAAAUAGCUUCGUAUUUUACCCAGUGCCUCCCGGUGCCUGGUUACACAGGAAUACCAGAGGAAGGCCAAGAACUAGCAAUACUUCCACCGGUCUCAACUUCUGGCAGGCCUGCUCUUCAGACUUCCUCUGCAGAGUUGGAUGGCACUAGCUUGUCUCCCAGUGUAAUAAGUUCCUCUCAAGAAACCUCGGAAAUCUCAGGGCAGAUGGCACCUUUUCGUGUUUUUCAGAAUGGAGCUUCACUAUUUCAAGGUCUCGUAGAUCGUGCUCGGAAAACUGUACGUGGUUCAGCAGAUGAUAUCGGAUGGCUUCAGCGCACUCAAGGCUUACCUGCAGCUGAGGAUGGGACGACCAGAUUUUUGGAGAUCCUUGACUCCGUGAGAAAAAAUGAGCACAAGCUACCUGAUGCGGUGGUGUAUUUGUUAGUUCCAGGUUUAUUUAGUAACCAUGGGCCACUUUACUUUGUGAAGACAAAAGCAUACUUCUCCAAAAUGGGUCUGGUUUGUCACAUUGCCAAGAUUCACAGUGAGUCUUCAGUAAGUAAAAACGCAAGGGAGAUAAAGGAAUACAUUGAAGAAAUAUACUGGGGAUCAAGGAAACGUGUGCUACUUCUCGGUCACAGCAAGGGUGGUGUAGAUGCGGCAGCAGCUCUGUCACUCUACUGGCCACAACUGAAAGACAAGGUUGCAGGUUUGGUAUUAGCUCAAAGCCCAUAUGGAGGAAGCCCAGUUGCUUCUGAUAUCCUGAGAGAGGGGCAGCUUGGUGACUAUGUCAUGCUACGCAAGCUUAUGGAGAUUUUGGUUUCAAAAGUCCUUAAGGGUGAUCUGCAGGCACUAGAAGAUCUGACAUAUGAAAGGAGGAAAGAAUUCGUGGCGCAGCACCCAUUGCCCCCCGAGGUGCCAAUUGUAUCAUUCCACACGGAGGCAAGCAUCACCCCAAGUGUGCUGACAGCCCUCUCUCAUGUCGCGCAUGUGGAGCUCCCGGUUGCCGCUGACGGCAAUCCUGCGAGGAUUCCGGUUGUAAUGCCACUUUCAGCUGCCUUGGCAGCAUGCUCGCAGCUGCUGGUGGCGAGGUAUAGUGAGAAGAGUGACGGUCUUGUGACGAGGAAGGAUGCUGAAGUUCCCGGAUCGGUGGCGGUCCGACCAGAGCGGAAGCUGGACCAUGCGUGGAUGGUGUAUUCCUCGAUGAAUGAGGAGCCCGGGGAUCAGGCGAACACGUCGCAGGUAUGCGAAGCUCUGCUGACUCUGCUCGUCGAGGUUGCGCAGAAAAGGAGGCAUCAGACGGCCAUGAAAGACGAAUAGGGAAAACGUUGGAGCUGUGCUGACAGAUUUGUGUAACUAUAGAUUGACUAGGUUGUUGUUGGUCGACGUUGAAACUGCUUCUGGUAACCUUGCCGAAGCUGAUCUUUAUGCAUAUACUUCUGCUUUUUUUUUGUCAUGAGAUAAUAUCAUCAGGAAUCAUAGAACUUGCGUCGUA